UAUAAUUCUCAAUAAUUAUAAUGUGGCGUUCAUUAAAAAGUGUGUUAAAACGUUACAAAUUCGGCUUGAAUUGAAAGCUAAGGGACCUCCACGGCCUGAACUUGACCUUACAAAAAAAUGUACGACAAAAACGAAAACAUAUACGCGUGUGUUUAAAUCCGAACAAUAUGUGAAAACACCGUGGUUGUGUGGUUGUGAUGAAAGCAACAAACUAUUUUGUUUCCCGUGUCUUUUAUUUGAAGCGGGCGCGGCCGGUGGAGGUGGGAGUGCUUGGACUGAAACGGGUGUUGACGACCUAGCUCAUCUUUCAAUCAAGAUGAAAAAACAUUCAGAAUCUCGGAACCAUUUGUUGAAUGAACUGGAGUUGGCGUCUAUCGGACGACAAGACAUUCGUAAAGCACUAGAUUCCGCGUACCGAGAGUCAAUACGCGAGUUCAAUGACCGUGUCGAUGAAAACAGACAUAUUUUACGAAGGUUAAUAGAUUGUGUCCUAUUUUGUGGUGCAUUUCAAUUUGCUUUAAGGGGGCAUGAUGAGUCUUCGGAAUCCCUGAAUCCCGGAAUCUAUAGAGGGUUGGUAGAUUUUGUAACCGAUAUUGAUUUAGCCAUGAAGCAACAUUUAACCAACAAAUCCGUCUUUAAAGGUACGUCAAAAUCAAUUCAAAACGAUAUUUUAGACGCGAUUUACGAGGUUUGCAUAUGUGAAAUACAACAACAAAUUAAAAAAUCAAACUUUGUUGCCAUUCAGGCAGAUGAGACUACCGAUUGUUCUACAAUUCAACAGUUAGUGUUCAUUGUGAGAUAUGUACAUGAUGGUAAAAUAUAUGAGAGAUUUAUAAAAUAUUUGCAACCUAAAGGGCACACGGCAGACAUAUUAGCGGCAGAAAUACUGAAUGAGCUGGAUUCGUUAAAUAUCGAUAAAAAUAAAUUAAUUGGUCAAUGUUACGACGGAGCUUCAGUUAUGAGUGGAAAUUCAAAUGGUGUGCAGAAAAUCGUAAGAGAUAUGUACCCAUAUGCAUAUUAUGUGCACUGUUAUGCACACCAACUCAAUCUGAUAUUAGAAAGGGGGGCAUCGAUUAAUAAUACGAUAAGAAGUUUUUUUUGCAACCUACACGCGUUUCCGUCGUUUUUUACGCGUUCGCCGAAACGAUCGGAAUUUCUAAAAGAAAUCGUGAACCGCAGGAUACCAGCCGCCCCACAGACUAGAUGGAAUUAUAAUACACGGACAAUGAUAAUUAUAAAUGACAACGUAGAGCCCCUGAAAGAGUGCAUGCAAGCCAUCAUGGAUUUGCCAAACAGUGAUUCGAAUACAUUUAACCAAGCUCAAUCGCUCCUAUCAUACUUAAAUAAUGACGACUUCCUGUAUUGGCUUGAUUUCUUCGCAACACUGAUGCCUCAUUGUGAAACUCUGUUUAAUUUUUUACAGACCCGAUAUAUUGACUCUACAAAAGUUACUAACGAAGUCAGCCGAUUUGAAAAAACAGUAAGCGAGUUAAGUAACGCAGCGCCGCGGCCGCCGACUCCGCCAACGAAAAAACGCCGACCGAAUAAUGUCAGUCAUUCGGCAAUGCGUAAAGAAAUAUGUGACGUAGUUAGGAUGCAAAUAAAAGAAAGAUGUAUGUACACUGACCAUCUUUUGGCGUCAAAACUUUUUUUUACGGACAAUUUCGAAAACUACAACCAAAACUUUCCGGAAGAAGAUUUCAAAAAAGUGGUUAAGACAUAUGAUUUUUUAGAAAACUCAAAACUUAAAAACGAGCUGGUGGUUAUUUACAGCAGGGAAGAUUUCCAUAACGCUGAUGGUGCGAUAGCUUUACUGCAAUACUUCAUAGAGUUCAACCUGGAGUCAGUUUUUGUCGAAAGUAUUAAAUUAUUAAAAUUAAUUUGUACAAUACCGAUGACCUCGGUCGAAAGUGAGCGCUGCUUUUCCACCUUAAAUAAAGUGAAAACUUUUACGCGUAAUAGCAUGACACAGGACCGUUUAAAUGCAUUGUGCAUGAUAUCAAUAGAAAAACGACUGAUUAAUCAGAUAUCUGAUUUUCACAAAAAAGUUAUAGAUAUUUUUGCACACCAAAAAAAUAGACGUAUGCAUUUCCUUUAUAAGUAAUUUUUUAAUAAAUUGUACUGCUUUACACCAUGUA